AAAUUUUAUUGAAUAUUCGACCGUUUUGGUGACGAAAAGUGUAGUUCGGGUUUUCCUUCGUCAUAUAUAAAGAAAAAAUAUAUUUAUUUAAAAUAAUAAUAUUUUUACUAUAAAAAUAUUAUAUUUUUAACAUGAAUGAAGAAUACGACGCAAUUGUGUUAGGUACCGGUCUAAAGGAGUGUAUUCUAAGUGGAAUGCUCUCUGUAUCAGGCAAAAAAGUUUUGCAUAUCGACCGGAAUAAGUAUUAUGGCGGCGAGUCUGCAUCAAUUACACCAUUAGAGGAACUAUUCCAACGUUUUAACGUUGAAGCUCCUGGUGAAAAAUAUGGGCGAGGACGUGAUUGGAAUGUUGAUCUUAUACCUAAGUUCCUUAUGGCUAAUGGUCAGUUGGUAAAAUUACUUAUCCAUACGGGCGUGACUCGCUAUCUUGAGUUCAAAUCCAUUGAAGGAAGUUAUGUAUACAAGGGAGGAAAAAUUGCCAAAGUCCCAGUUGACCAGAAAGAAGCUUUAGCUUCUGAUUUAAUGGGCAUGUUUGAGAAACGUCGUUUCCGUAAUUUCUUAGUUUACGUUCAGGACUUUAAGGAAGAUGAUCCAAAAACCUGGAAAGACUUCGAUCCAUCUAAGUCAAAUAUGCAGGCACUUUACGAUAAGUUUGGCUUGGAUAAGAAUACACAAGAUUUCACUGGCCAUGCGUUAGCUCUUUUCCGUGAUGACGAGUAUUUGAAUGAACCAGCAGCGAAUACAAUUCGCCGUAUAAAGCUAUAUUCAGACUCCUUGGCUCGGUAUGGAAAAUCGCCGUAUUUGUACCCCAUGUAUGGACUUGGUGAAUUGCCACAAGGGUUUGCACGUUUAUCUGCAAUUUAUGGGGGAACUUAUAUGUUAGAUAAACCAAUUGAUGAAAUAGUAUUGGGCGAAGGAGGUAAAGUGGUUGGUGUGCGCUCUGGAGAUGAAGUCGCGAAAUGCAAGCAAAUCUAUUGUGACCCCAGCUAUGUGCCCGAUAGGGUACGCAAGAAGGGCAAAGUAAUUCGUUGCAUUUGCAUUUUGGAUCACCCAGUUGCGAACACCAAGGACGCACUAUCUACUCAGAUAAUCAUUCCACAAAAGCAAGUUGGACGUAAAUCGGACAUAUAUGUAUCUCUUGUUAGCUAUACUCAUCAGGUAGCUGCUAAAGGCUGGUUUGUUGGUAUGGUGUCGACUACUGUAGAAUCUGACCAACCAGAGAAUGAAAUUAAGCCUGGACUUGAUUUGCUGGAACCCAUAGCACAAAAGUUUAUUACGAUCUCUGAUUAUUUGGAGCCAAUUGACAAUGGUAUUGAUUCACAGAUUUUUAUUUCGGAAUCUUAUGACGCUACUACACACUUCGAGACUACUUGUUUGGAUGUAUUAGAUAUAUUUAAAAGAGGCACUGGUGAAGAUUUUGAUUUUUCAAAAAUUAAACACGAACUUGGUGAUGAGGAUCAGUAAACGCGUUUAGAUUACUAAAAAGAGAGACUCCGUUGUGCACGGUGAUGUAAUGAAAGUAAUGAUAUGAUGUCCUGAUGUAAGAAGAUGAGUCAAAAAUGCGCAUGAUAUACAAUAUAAUCACAAAACUAUAUUAUAAUCAGCCAAUCAAACUGUUACAGCGAAAUAUUGAUAAAAUAGUGAAAGAAUAUAAAGCUUGACACAUGCAAUGCGCGUACAUAUUAAAUACCAUCUUCGCUAAAUCGUUAUGAAACAAAAAGAAACAAAUUAAUUGUGCACACCAACAUUUUAUGUAGUAAUAUACAUGUAAUAUUAACACAUAACUGAACUUUUUAUUGCUCACAAUGUUUUGUUAAAUUAUAUUCAUUCCAUUGCAUAUCUAAAAGUCUCAUUUUUUCGUCUUCGAUUAUUACUUUUCUAAAGUCUUAACUUCAUUUUUCAAUAUGUAUCCAUAACUUUUUGCACAGAAAUAAAUACAUUUUGCCCAACAACAAAAUAUUAAGAUCUGCAAAAAAUUUCGAAUGUACUAAUUAGAGCCUUAUGAUUUAUCUAAUAAGAAUUUAUAGACAGCGCAUAAGUAACUGCCGUUCGAAAAUAUUACAUUUUCAUAAAUUGCCAGUGGGCUCAAAAUAACAAAGGUGAACAAAUGUAAAAUUUUCAACUUAAAAUUUGAUAUAAAGGUUAGGAAUAACACCGUAAUUUUGCUUAAAGAGUAACAGAAAUGUUCAAAAAACAAAAGAAAUAAACAUAUAUGAUUAUGGGGAUUUGCUGCAACAUUAUAGAACUCUGUUUUACUUGUGCACAUUCGAUACAUCAGAUAGAACAUAUAUGUAUAUAUGUACAUAAGUGCAUAUGUAUGUAUGUCCAUUCUAACGCUGUAUUUGAAAUGUGUUAUAAAUAUAAAAUAAAGGUUGGCAUUUUAAGAAUAAAAGAAUUUAUUACGAAAUGUAUAAUGAUAUAAUCUCUUUAUGUAUCUAAGGAUGCAAACUAUUAGCCUUUGAACUUAGUUUGACACUGUAAGAAAUAAAGACACACGAAAAUA